AUGAUGAAGAUGCAUCUCUUGCUGCGGUUGCUGCUAGUGAUCAGUACACUGGCAGCACAGGAGCAGCGCCGGGUCUACUUGCGUGAGGAGUUCGAAGAUGGGGAUGGAUGGAAAAAGCGAUGGGUGGAAUCUAAACAUCAGCCAGAUUAUGGUAAAUUUCAGCUCACUGCUGGAAAAUUUUAUGGAGACAAAGAAAAAGAUAAAGGUCUCCAGACCAGUGAAGAUGCCAAGUUUUAUGCCCUUUCAACCAGGUUUAAACCAUUCAGCAAUGUGAACGAGACCUUGGUGGUUCAGUUUUCAGUAAAACAUGAACAAGGCAUUGAUUGCGGUGGUGGGUAUGUGAAGCUCUUUCCUGCCUCCCUGAACCAGGAAGAUAUGCACUCAGAAUCCAAGUAUUACAUCAUGUUUGGCCCUGACAUUUGUGGCUUUGGCAACAACAAAGUGCAGGUCAUCCUUCAUCAUCAAGGAAAAUACCACGAGAAUAACAAGACCAUCAAGUGCAGGGUAAAUAAAGACACCCACCUGUAUACUCUGAUCAUUCGCCCCAACGCUACUUAUGAGGUCAAAAUUGACAACGAGCAAGUGGCAUUUGGGGAACUGGAGGAUGACUGGGACUUCUUGCCUCCCAGAAAAAUAAAAGACCCCUAUGCCCGGAAACCAAGGAAAUGGGAUGAACGUCUGCAAAUAGAGGAUCCUGACGAUAAGAAACCUGAGGACUGGGAGGACUUUGAGUUCAUCCCAGACCCAGAAGCCAAGAAGCCAGACGACUGGAAUGAGGCCAUGGAUGGGGAGUGGGAAGGGCCCCUGAUACCAAACCUGAAGUAUAAGGGGCAAUGGAAACCUCGGAUCAUUGACAAUCCCAAUUACCAGGGGGAGUGGAUUCAUCCAGAAAUUGACAACCCUAAAUACAAGCCUGACCCUACCAUUUGUCACUAUUAUAACAUCAGUGUUCUUGGCUUGGACCUUUGGCAGGUAAAAUCAGGCAGCAUUUUUGACAAUUUCCUUCUUACAAAUGAUGAAGAGUUUGCUGAAGAGGUUGGAAAUAAGACCUGGGGAAUGAGAAAGGACAUAGAGAAGCAGUGGAGAGAACUGUAUGAGGAAAUGGAAAAAAAGAAGGAGGCAGAAGAGGCCAAGAAGAGAAAGGAAAAGGAAGAGGCAAAGAAAGAUGACAUCUGGGGACUUGAAGAAGAGGACGAUGAAGAAGAUCUUGAUGAGGAACCAGGAAAUGAUGGGCAGGAAGGUGAUGCUGAAAGAGCAUUUCUGGGUAAAAAUGAAGAAAUUCAUGUUGACCAGAAGGAUGAACUAUAA